AUGAGACAGCUUUCUUAAUUGGUCUACCUAUACAAUUAGGCCACCUUUCAAAUAAUGUUUAGACUAAUUCUUACUUUCAAUUAUUAAAUUGUAACUAAUAAAAAGUUCUAAUAUUAAUUUUUAACACUCAAUUAAUUAAAACUCAAAAUCAAGAAAUUUUACUAAUACGACUUGAUAUUCAAUUAUUUUUCAAAUUCAACUCGACCCUCUAUAAUCUUGUAAAAAAAUCGCAACCAUGUGUCUCAAGGUAAUGAACACAAAAUCAACGUGAAGUUUAUAUUAUUUCUAUUUCUUAUAUUUUCUUAGGUUCAUCAUAAAAAGGAAUUCAAUAGCAAGCCUAAGUUCAAAAUAUUAUCCUUUUCAACUUUACUUGACUAUAUCAUAUACACUCUUGAUAGUCGAUUUUAUACUAUUCUUAACAGACCCCAUUUCUAAUUUAUAGAAAUGUAAUAGGUGUUAAAGUGGACAAUAGGGUUUUCGACUGAUCUUUAUUAUUUAUAUAAUUCAUCUAUGCAUUUCAUAUUAUGUUAAUGCAACUUUUUAUCCUACCAGUUUAGCGCAGUUGAUUAUGAACUCCAUGCAUCUUAUUGCUUUCCCUUUUAGUAAUUCCAAGUAAUGAUAAGAAUACUAUGA